AUGGACGGGUCCAUAAGCGCGUCGUCGGACACCAUUGCCGGACCCCCGCCUCAUUUUAGAACGAAUGAAGGCUCCUUGGUUUCUGCCCUCAAGACGUUGUUGUUCUUCACGAUCUUGAUGGUCACGCUUCCGAUUGGCUUGUACUUUGCUUCUAAAGCUUACAUUUUUGAAGGUUCAAUGAAGAUGUCAAACUCUGACAGCUAUUUCUAUGCCGCCAUCGUCGCCGUGCUGGCUGUGCACGUGGUCUUGGCCUUGUUUGUUUAUGUGGCCUGGAAUGAAGGCACACCCAAAGGGAAAGGGAAAUACGAAUAA